GAAAAUCCUGUUUUAUUUCAGGACCUUUUGUAAAAACAGUAAGCAUUCAGCCCAGAGACUAGAAACUAAUCCGAGUUUUCUUGUGCCUCCAAUUACUUCUGAUGUCAUCUUCCUGUCUGAAUCCUACUUUAAAGGUUGAUCCUGAGUUAGGAACAGCAACAUGGACUUUGUGCUUCCCCAUCAACUGUUAUCAUCUGAAAAUUAAAUCUAGAAGGUACUUGUACGGACGAUGAGCAAGAAAACAGCUUUAAGUGUUUCACUCAAAUGCCAGGAUUCCAAAGCAUUUUCAUAAUUUGUGAUGCUACUGGGACAGAGAUGAACCUAAAUGAGACAAAUGCCAGUUUUUCUGUGUAUGAGACUCAACCCCGAUCCUGCUUCAUGAAAAAUCCCCUUGUCGGCAAUUGUUCUAUAGACAGCAGCGAUCUUAUUGGUCUUUUGGACGUUUGCUUGACAAUCACUUUGACCAAUUCUUGCAAAAACUGCCAGAAAUUGAAAGCUGUUCAUAUUGUUAAACCUGAAGCACCUUUUGGUUUAAAUAUCACCUACCAGGAAAAAGCAAAUGAGUAUCUUGUUCAAUUCUCAACGCCAUAUGUAGCAAACGCAUUCCUUGAAAACAAAUUAAUACAUCAGUUAGCCUACCGACAAGAAAAUACAAACUGGACUACUACCGAAUCUAAUUUUGUUAGAUUGAAACUUCUGGGGAAGGAAUUUGAGCCAGAAGUAAGAUAUGAGAUGAAAGUUCGGUCAAGGCCCAAUGGAGAGUAUUACAAAGGCUACUGGAGUGACUGGAGCUCAUCCCAAUAUUUGAAAACUUCAGCCAGGACAUCAAGUGGAAUAAACAAAGUUGUCCUGAUAACUGUAUCUACUGCAAGCUUCUUCGUGCUUUUUGUUGUAAUUCUUCUGGUUCCAAUAUUUUGGAAAAACAGGAUCAAAGCAAUUGUUUGGCCCACCAUCCCUAACCAUAAAAAAACUCUGGAUAAAUUCUGCAACAAACUAAGAAAGAACUCUGACGCCAGUUUCUUUAACCCUGAGAGUCUGGGAUAUGUUGACAUCCAUAAGGUGGAGAGCAUCCAGGCUAAAUCAGAAGUUGCCCACCUUCAGCCCCCUCCAUAUAAUCUGGAUGCAGAGACUGAGGAUUUGGUGGAACCAAAAAGCAACUUGAACCAUAUUCAUCAUGGAUGGUUGAAGCUCCCUCUGGCAUAUGAAGGAAUGUUGUCAACAGAGAUGAAGGGCAAGCUCCACGGUGGAAGUGAGGACACCUCUGAUGAUCAUUCACUCCUCAGCAUCAAUCUCUACAAUGAGGGCAGAAUUGCUGACCAACAUGGCUGGAACAGCAAUGAUCUGUGUAAAUAUUCCAUGGUCCCAAUAGACCACAUUUCCCCCCCUGAAUUAAAAACAGGGUCUUGUGACCACACUUAUUCCAACGGGGAGACCAGGGUAUUAAAUAAAGAAGAAACCUACGUCACAAUGGCAAGCUUUUUUGAAAAUAAGGGGCUCUAAGAGUGCUUUUUCAAAAGACAACUGGAUUUCGUUUUUCCUUGAAGAUGUUUCAUUUCUCAUCUAAGAAGCUUCUUCAGAACAGACUUGCAGAAGCUUCUUGAUCAGAAAUGAAACAUCUUCAAACAAAAACAAAAGAGACAACCCUGGAUGACAGAAUCUCCACAGACAUUAUUUUGUGAAGUCAGUUAAGAUUCAGAACAAAAUCUUUAGGAAUUAAUGUUCUAUCUACCGCCAUUUUCAUUUGGGUUCAAGAACCCAGGUCUGAAUGGCUGGAUGGAAUUAUGACAGUGCAGAUAUUGGAGAAUUUCCACAUCUUCCUUAUUAUGAUUCAGCAGUAAUCAGACGAUACUGGAGCACUUGAUCUUGUGGAUCUAUCUUGCGAUUCCUGACCGUUUAAUGAAAAAUAAAUCUUGCUGAAUUGGAGCAAGUUCCUUCAAUGUAGCAUCCUUUUUUUCCAGAGUAACUAGGAAGAAGCUCUGAACAUUCAGAAAAGAGACAAUAGUGUAAUCCAUCCUCUUUGCUGCUCCCCAAGAAGUUCUACGUUGUUAUUAGGAUUGGUAGAUUUCUCCUGUCUUAAUUUGAGAACUUCCCUCCUAAAACCACUCCCUGUCUUGGUCUACACAGUGCCUUGUGGAUAUGAAUAAUAUAAACCAGUGAUGGGUAAUUUUUUUGCCAUUGUGUGCCAAAAGCAGGGGGACCACGGGGGGGUCACGCACACACGUGCCCACACCCAUAAUUCUAUGCACCCCGCCCCCCACGCAUGUGCGCAUGACCCAUCCGCGCUUCCCCUCCGCUUUUGGCACACAAUGGCACGGUGGGCCCAGUAGGCCUGUUUUUCACUCUCCACAGGCUCCAGAGCCUUUCUAGGAGUCUGGGAGGGUGAAAAUGGCCUUCCCCACCCCCAGGAGGCCCUCUGGAGGAUAGAAAUGGCCCGUUUGGUGAUUUCUGUUGGGCCCAGAAGGCCCGAAAAUCAGCUGGCCGGUGCAUGCAUGCGCACCGGAGCUGAGCCCACGUGCCCACCGAUAUUGCUCCAUGUGCCACCUGUGGCAUGCAUGCCAUAGGUUCGCCAUCACAGAUAUAAACUGUAUGUUAUGUGAAGUAUUUUAUUUUGCCUAUAAUAAUAAUUUAAUAAAAAAAUUAUUCCACCAGUAUGUCUAGAUUACUAGCUAUAGUGAUCAGUUCACUAUAUCAGCCUUCCCCAACCUUUUGGGCAUCAGGGACUGGUUCUGCGGAGAGAGGUUUUUCUGCAAACCGGGGGCGGGGGAGGCGUAGUGUCAAGGUUCCAGAAAAACCUCUUCUGCAUAAAAAAACCUCAGAAGCCAUUGUCUUUCAGAGCUCUUUACUAGCAUGAGGAAACUGGCACACGAUGAGUGAAAUUCCAAAACUGAACUUCUGGAUUCUUUUCCCAGUUAUACAAACCCCAAGAGUCCCACCCCCCUGACCCCUUUGAUGGUCACAUGGUCCCACGUUCUCCCAGUUCAUUUGAAUAUCUUCUUGCCACUCUUCCUGCAGAUGUAAACACCAUCCGACCUUGACCGCUUGAAGAAUGUUACCAUACCCCUCAGCCCCCCUUCCUCCCCUCAGGGGAAAAUGUGGCAGCGUCUGGAACCCUAAAGUCUAGCAUGGUUUCCAGGCCUGACACGUGGUUUCAUGUGCUGCUUGCAUCCCGCGGAUGGGCUUUGCUUGUUUGUGCGGCCCAGUUUCUGGCAAGCCGCAGGCUGGGGCCAGUCCACAGACUGGGGGUUGGGUACCCCGGCAUUAAUAUCUAUAACUAUCCCAGUUAACACUUGAAUUCCACUAUAAAUCACUGCUGCUUUUGAUUUAGCUUUCUCCAAGAAAUAUUCAAGGGAUGCUAAAACAAUUUAAAAUUUUUUAUCAUUAUGUAUCCUAUAUUUUUUCAAUAGAUGUAUAAUCUUGCCUUGUACUUAUCAUGUUAUUCGCUGCUAUGUUUCAUUUUUAUGAGGAGUGGUUUCAUAUGGUUAUUUUUUUUUAUUUUGAUGGAAUAAUAGUUAUGUUUGUAUAAAUAUAAUAAAUGUCUUUGAAUUGAAUGCUGAAGUGGCAUUUAA